CUUCAAUAAUGCCAUGUGAUUGGGUGUCUAUUCAGUCAUCCACUUCCUGUACAGUGAACCAGCAUGUUCGUUCACUCACUCUUUCUCUCGCUUCAGCCUUCAUGCAAUGUGUGUGGCUCUAUGGAAAUCAACGUCUGUCAUACCAAUUUGGCAGAGAAGACUAAACCGUCAUUACUGUCAAUGAGAGCCUCAGUGUAGAUUGUGGACUAUUCGGUUUUACAUUUAGCAGGAAACAGACAUAGAAGCAACUUGCACCAAGGAUUUUUCAAUGUAAGAACCUCAUAUUCCGCAAGCUACAGCUGCUGAGAGCGUUGAUGAGAGUUAGAGGAAGUCAGUUAGCAAGCUGAGAUAGCUAACAGGCUAGACAGGUACUGUAGCUAGCUAGAUGUAGUAAAGGCCAACGAGUCAAUGUUACAUUUUAUUUAGAGUAAGCUGUGUUGACCGUACAUUCUAGUUAGCGAACGUUUGCCAGCUGCAACAUAUUCAUAAUCAUAGUUCAUCUUAGCUAGAUAGCGAACAUGCUAGCUAGCUGAAUAUAUUUGACUACCUUAUCUGUGGAGGGGGUGGGAGGGUUUUGUGCUGUCAUUUAUGCUAUCUAGCUAGCUACUAUUGAUGCCUUCUCUCACACAGCUUCCUUGGGCCAACUGGUGUGUGUCUGCUUGUACCAAGCUGUGUAUGGCAAUGCGGCGGGUAACAGUCCCAUUGGUCAUCGGGCUGGUCGUGGCGGUGUUGUCGCUGCUGGCUGAACACUGUUGGGCGGAUGGUGGGGGCCCAAACCUUGCUGAACGAGUUAUUUGGGCAGUGAACGCUGGCGGGGAAGCUCACACAGACAUGCAUGGCAUUCAUUUUAAGAAGGAUCCAUUGGAAGGAAAGCUUGGGAAAGGUGAGUCUGUGUAGGCAUGGCUGGAUCGUAAUUUCCCUAUUAGCUUCCUAGCUAACCUCGGUAACUUUGUAUGAUACAUGACACAGUUUCCUAUUGCAAAUGUGACUGCUAAAUUGAAUUGAAAGCUAACUAGCCAGCUACACGUUAGAUCUGUGUGAAAUGAGCCACAAUUUGAGCUAUUUGGCUAAAAUAUUUUCUUCUGGCAGAGGGUAAUUGUGUGAUUGCAGAUUUGUAUUUCCCAUAAAGAAGAUAUUUCAAGCUAAUCAAUUCAUGCAUGUGUUUGACUUCCGCAAUUGAACCUAGUUAACCAAAUGAAGAGUCAGCAUUAGUUUCUAGUGCCUGCCUCGAAAAUGAAGCACCUCAUGGAAGAAUAAUUAACCCAACUGUGAUGACUAAUGAUAUUCAGAAAAGUAUUUAUUUAAAAGCAAUAAUUGGAAACCAAUAACAUGAGCAGUUAAUUAAAAGUAAAGUAUGAGGUAAAGGAUACAUUGAUUAAACUUCCUAUUUGAUGUUGUAUGAUAGCCACUUUGCUUAGUUCCACGGCAUGUUCAUCUGUUCAUUGAUAAAAAAACACUUCACUCUGUAGCGGCAUUUCAGAUUGUUUCUUACAUCCACUCUAAAACUAAAGACCAAAUGAGUCUGUCUUGAAAAAUACUGAACAAAAAUAUAAACGCAACAUGUAAAGUGUUUGUCCCAUGUUUCAAAAACUGCUAGGCUCCCUGCCGCUAAGCCAUCGCCGCUCACAUGCCAGAACAGAUAAGUCAUGAAUAUUUGAAAAUGCCAAGCCAUGGUUAGCCAGCAAGUUUGCAUCUCAAAUUUUAAAAGGACCUUAUCAGCCAUAAAAAUGCAUGCACUAUUUGCCUUGUUUGUGUGCAAAUACAGUAAAAAAAAAAGUAAAUGUAUGCAGGCAUCACUAUACUGUUCCAGUACAUGUGUAAGCAAAUGGAUUUGUAUUGUGUAAGCUUAUGUGAGAAGUGUGUUGGGUGAAAAUGUGACUGAAUUGCUUAUAAAUCGACAACGUAGUGAACAAUCUCUACUCUUUGUAUUUCCCUCUAGCUUCAGAUUAUGGAGUCCGUCUGCCCAUAUUGCGCUCUAGUCCUGAAGACCAGGUUCUCUACCAGACAGAACGCUACAAUGAGGAUACUUUUGGCUAUGAGGUGCCGAUUCGUGAGGAAGGAGACUAUAUACUAGUCAUGAAGUAUGCAGAGGUCUACUUUGCCCAGUCUCAGCAGAAGGUACGACUCAGACAUCAAAUCAUCAAAAUAUGUUUUCUGUUUAGAUCUCAAAGUUAUCACUCCUGUAAAUCAUGUUAAUGUUAUUCUAAUUUGGCAGCAAAGAUUGUUGUUCAACUUAGAUGAUGUUGAUAGUCUCAAAAUAAAAUAAAAUGUCCAACAGAUGUUUUAUUGCAAGGUAAUGAUUUAUUAGUAAUCUAUAAAUACUUCUUACAAACUUGUACACUUUGGACUGAGGAUUUCCCAUGCUAUUUUCAUGUUGCAAAUCUAGCUGACUGAAAUUGUCCUUUCUACAGGUAUUUGACGUGCGUCUUAAUGACCACGUGGUGGUGAAAGAUCUGGAUAUCUUUGAGCGGGUGGGUCACAGUACAGCUCAUGACGAAAUAGUGCCCUUCUCAAUACGCCGCGGUAAGCUGAGUGUCCAGGGGGAGGUGUCCACCUUCAACGGCAAGCUCACUGUGGACUUUGUCAAGGUGAGUUGAAGUGUGUCAGUGCACAACGUUUUUUCCUCAAAUUAAACAGUCAAGCACAAAAUUGACCUACACACAACUCUGAAUGUGUGUUUGUUUAUGGUAUUUCCUAUGCCAGUAAUAUUUAUUUUUACAAAUAAUGGUAGGAUAGUGUUUUUCAGCAUUUUCAUUUGCCGUGUGGCUUUCUCUGCUAUGAACUGAUAACCUGCUGUGUUUUCUCAGGGUUAUUACGACAACCCCAAGGUCUGUGCUCUGUACGUGAUGAAGGGGACAUUAGACGGUGAGCCUCAGUCUAUUAACAGUAGAAUAUUCAACAGUACCAGUCAAAAAUAGCAUUUUCUAAGAUGUUGUCUUUAUAAUUCUGAAAUGUUUGAAGAAUUGUAAUGGCAUGUUCUAUUACAAAAUAAUUGCUCCUUUUUUAUCACUUUCUUUUUCAAAAAAAAAAAUCAUUUGCUGCUGAAUCAAUUAAUUGUAUGCACAAUCCAGUCUAAAGACAUCACAACCUCUCCUCAAGUUCUGUAUUACUAAUUCUUUUUUUAUUACAUUUCUAUUUUCACUUAACCCUAUCUUUAAAUCCAUAAUCUCACCCCUCUCUAUUCUUUCUGCAUCUCAGAUGUACCAAAACUCCAGCCUCACCCUGGACUGGAGAAACGUGAAGAACUUGAAGAGGAGGAGGAAGAGGAGACUGAGGCAGGAGAAGAGGGUGGUAAGAAGAGUACCUCAACAGUUCCCAAGUACAAGGUCCAGUCGGGCCCCAGAACACCAAACCCGUACGCGGCUGACAAUAGCAGCCUCAUGUUCCCUAUCCUGGUGGCGUUCGGUGUGUUCAUCCCUACACUCUUCUGCCUCUGUCGGCUGUGAGAACGUAAGAUUGAGGGGGAAACGGGGACAUGAAGGACAAGAGACUGAAGAGGGAGGGGAGGUCAAAGUGACAUCAAAGACACAAGGCAAGCAUACAGAUGGGAGAGAGCACGAGAUCCAAGGGGAGAAUGGUGAUAAGAGGACAAAAGAGAGACCACAAUUUUGGAAUGCUGGGCAGGCUGCAGAAUAAAAUGCCUUCCUCACUGACUUUAAGGUCACACAGAGAAAAGGGAAUGAAGAGAGUGUGUUUGUGUGUGUGUUGUACAUUGACACAUUUUCACUACGUGGCACAUUUAACACAUUGCAAAUAAAUAAGACAGGAUUUACCACUUUCAAACCAGGUUUGUCUUGUCUGGCAGGAAGUGGCUGGGAUUAUACUGAGGGGUUCUGAAGUGUGAUUGGCUGUCCCUCUUUAUAGAUGGACGUAUUGCUAUGGCUUUGGAUGAGGUGUGGCUUGAAGUGAAGGGAAUGCAGAUAGGCUGCAAUGCUGAUCAACAAAAAUCAGGCCCAGUAUUUAGUCAGAUGGUACAGGAGGUGAUAUCCAGAAAAUUGACUGAUUCUUUAAAAGUUGGAAAUUGAAGAUAUUUUGUUUUAGAGAAUGCGUGUUUGGUGGAGGGGAGGGGGAGAUGGUUGCCAAUUUGAUCAGUUAGGCUUUAGAAUUUUGCUUUUGCUUGCUCUUUUUGACUUAAUUUUUGUGCUUGAUUAUCUCAACUUGCUGGUGUUGUAGAGCAAACAUGUAUCUUAGCUUUUGAUACAAGAUGUGCCAUAGUUUGUUGAGGAAGACAACAUACUAAUCAUUUGAACAAGUUAAUACUGUUACAGCCUGUUCUUUGCAGCGCAUUGAUGUUUCAUGUGCUGUUUUAUAAGACGGCUGAUUAAGUGUUAUCACAAAUUCAAGGUGGGCAUUCAAUUAUGUUGCAUAAUGUUUUUAAAAUGCAUGUGUACCUCAAUGGGACUAUCCCAUGCUGUGCUGUUUCAAAUAGCCAAUGCAAGUUUCCUCAAAUGUGAUCACAAGUAAGAAGUCCACUUGUUGUGCUGGCACGCAUAAAUAUCUGUCCUAGCAGGUACCUUCUGAGACAGCUAGACUUUAUCGUUAUCAGAAAUUGAAUCCUUUGAGGGUUUACAUGGUUUUUAAUCACAUUGAUAAAACCCUCUAACUUCUAUGUGUUUUCUGCUUAACGGUACAUGGCUUGGUUUGCAGCUGAUGAAAGGCCACCUCUGAAAGGCUAUAUGAAAUAGUUCUGAGUGAUUGAGUUACAUUGCCAACAUUGAGGGACCUGGUAAUUUAACAAAUACUCUAGUGGGACAGGUCCCGAAUCAGGAACAUGUCUAGAUUGACACAGAGAUGCGUGUAGUCCUUUGUCAUGGUCACUGCCUUUUCCACUCAUUUUAUGAUUGUGCAUGCCUUUUUGUUUCACCAAAGAGUGUUUUGUGUUGUAAAAUUUUGUUUGAUAAAACUCUUAGUAAUCCUCCAUUCAUAACACUGUGAUUGAUAUGAUUUAGUUUUUUAACUCACAUUGUUGGUGCUGUAGUGAUGAUUAAGUACUAGGUCAGGAUAUAAUGUAAACAUCAGAGAAGUUAUCCCUAUCCAAUGUGUCAUUAGGAUUUAUAAUAAUGGGAAGAGCCUAAGCGUUUUAUUUUAUUUAGUAUUUAUGUAAAGUCCUCUUUGAAAUACUGCUGGAUUCUUUAAAAAUAUUGGAAUAUAAAUGUAGGACUUACAAUGUGAAGAACAAUUGUGUGUUUAUAUAUAUAUAUAUAUAUAUAUCUCAGUUAUCCAUAGCUACCUAGAGGAUUAGAAAGUGAAAUGAGUUUACUAGUUCUUUCUAUGUUAAACAUCUGUUGCCAAGCAAGAUUUUCAGUUGUAGGCUAAAUUGAAACUGGCUGUGACCAGAAAGCUUCAGAGCAGCCUUCUUAAUAAUUAUUUUAUUGCAAUUUUGAAAUGAUGUUCCCAGGGAAAAGUGUUUUUAAAAGGCGCUAUUAGUCAAAUCAACAUGAUGUAAAAACAGUGUGCUUGCACCAGUCUUAAUCAUGCCUAUUCACUGUGCACCUGUGAGUAGAUAUGGGUGUGUGCAUGUUUCACUAUUGGGAAUAUUUUUCCUCUUCCCCAUCUCUUCAAAAAAUACAAUUUGUUCAGUUUAGGCUAGUAUUUUUAUCUCAUCAAUCCCUAGCAUACCUUGUCUUAAACUUGCCUUAAAGUAGACCGCAGCAUUUUGUUGUUAUUAAUGUCUAAGGUGUCCCAGUUACAUCCUAUAUUCUUCCAUUGAGUUAGCCUGGAAGUCAGUAGCUGCAUGUUUGCAUUGUUUUUGUGUGUCCAAUUGCCUCUGUAUCAAGAACGUACCUCUUUCCAAGAAUGACACGUAUUUUACCAAGCCUAUUUUACUGACUUGUCUUAUGUUCCCCCAAGCCUCUCCACACUUGUCAUUGAUUUCAUACUCGUUGAAUACUUGACAAAUAGAUGAUCCAUGUGUUGUAAAUCCCCUCACUCCUGAGGUUUCCCUCUCCAUGUUCCAUGCUGCUGGAAAAAACAGCCAGGGGAUGUUACAAUACUUGAUAGUCAUCUGAUAGUAGUUGUUUGGUUUGUGUUUUUUUUUAUAUAUAAACAAUCCAUAAAUAAAUCAGAAGCACCUUUGUUCCUUAGUUGAAAAACUGCAAAAACGUCAUUUAAUUCAGCACCAAAGUCAUAAUAUUUUGUUUGUUGGCUAAUCUAAUCUCUACACAGUUGCGUGUGUAUAUACUGUAUGGUACAAUAUCACACUUAUUGUAGUGUGAUAGCAGUUAUUUUUUCAUCUAAAUUGUUAUUAUUGAGGUGUUAGGGUUUUUUAAUGGUUAAUUGUAAAGAAGACUGUGGCCUUUCUGCUGGGCAUGACAGCCAGGUGAACACUGACUGUCAGGAAGAGAAAUGUGAUUAGCGUAGUAUGGAAUUCUUUACAUUUUAUAUUGUAUAAUUUAAGUAAGAACGUGGGGUUUAAUCUUGAUAUUUGUUAAAUGAUUAAUAAAGAGUUGUAGCUUUAACAUUUUCCUCAGGAUCUAAAAAAAAAAAAAAAAAAA